AUGCAAUUAUUUUAUAUUUUCAAUGUACAGGAUCUUCUUCAUUUAAGGUCAAUUGACCUUUCUAAUUGCAAUAAACUAUGGAAGAUCCCUGAUCUAUCAGGAGCCAUCAACCAUCAAAGCUUUUGCUGCAAUGGGUGUGAAAAUUUGGUUAAGCUGCCUUGCCUUAACCAUUUGGCAUCUCUUGAAAAACUUGACCUUUCUGGUUGCAAGAGUCUAAGGAAGAUCCUUAGUCUAUCAAGAGCCAUCAACCUUCAAAGCAUUUUCUGCAAUGGGUGUGAAAAUUUGAUUGAACUACCUUGCCUCAACCACUUGGCAUCUCUUGAAAAACUUGGCCUUUCUGACCGCAAGAGUCUAAUGGAGAUCCCUAAUCUAUCAGGAGUCAUCAAACUCCAAAGCCUUUGCUGCAAUGGGUGUGAAAAUUUGGUUGAAAUACAUUCCCUCAACCAAUUGAAAGUGGAGUUUGAGUACUCUAGGGUGGAAAGUGUAUCGAGCAAUAUUUCAAAGUUGGAAUCCCUUGGCGUUUUCGAUCUUGGGGGUUUCAAAAGACUUAAAACACUCUCAGAGCUUCCACGAUAUCUGUGGUGCUUGAAUGCAAAUUAUUGCACAUCAUUGGAGAAAGUAUCAUUCACCGAUCAUAAUUCCAAUUCAUUCUUUUCUUUACAUGAUGGUGAUGAUACUCUUCGUGAUGAAAAGGUGUCCAUGUCAUUCCUUAAUGGCUUAAACCUGAAUCAAUAUUCAAUUAAAAACAUUGAGAGCAACGCGAUGCUUCAAAUUCAAUCCCUAGCACAGAGAUGGGCAAGGAGGAAAGGGAGGGAUCCUUUUGGAAAUAAAUUGCUUUGUUGUAUCCCAGGAAAUGAAGUUUCGGCAAAUCAGUUUGAGCAACGAAGCGUGAAUUCUCGGAUAAAUUUAAAGAUAGCCCCAAAUGGGUGUAGUGGGAGCAGAUUCUUGGCAUUUGCUUUAUGCUUUUUGGCUGAUCUCUCGUUUGCAGGCGGAGGUGUUGGAUUUUUCUGUAAAUACCAACUGACAGCUGCCAGUGGUGAAAAGUUCAUGAGAGAGAGUCGCGUUUCUUGGAGAUGGGACAGGUGCUACAGAUAA